GUAUGGAGUGGUUCUACGAAAAAUACAAAAUACCCAGAGUUAUUGGAUGUAUCGACGGUACUCACAUUGGUCUACAAAAACCCAGUAGCAAUGAGCACAUGUUUUUCAACCGGAAAGGGUUUCAUAGUCUCAAUGUGAUGGUGUAUAACAUUAGGGCAAUAAACGCCAGAUAUGGAGGAGCAGCACAUGACUCCUUCAUUUGGAAACAUUCCGAGGAGAGGAAGUCGUUGCAAGAACGGUCUCAGUUGAAUCCUAAAAACAAUUUCUGGCUUCUUGGGACUCCGGAUAUCCGCUUGAACCGUGGUGCAUUACACCUUACAGAAGUCCCGGAGAUGGUUCAAGUGAAAGCACAUUUAACGAGGUCCACUCAAAGGCCAGAUGCAUAGUUGAACGGACUAUCGGCAUUUUAAAAGGACGGUGGAAGAUCCUAGGCUACGAGAAACG